AGAAUAAAAAAGAUAAAUAAAGUUAAAACAGACAGAGAAGAGUGUUUUCUCGUGGGUCCGUGUAAUCAUUGUGUCUGUGUAUCACACGGGGCGCGCGCGUUGUAUCGUGUGAGUGCGUGCGUGCGUUCGAAACCGUGCGUGUGCGUAAAUGGCCAAAGUAUAGAUAUUUACGGAGAGAAGCGCGCUCACGAAGGAUAGUAAGAAGAAAAAAAAAGAGAAGAGCCGUCGGAACCGUAACGAGAAAAAAGAAAUCCGUAGGGACGCCGAAAAUUGGGCGAAAAAAUAUCGGCAAGGAAAAGCAAAACAAGCGUAAUAGUUUACGCGAGAUUAGGAGUCGUCGGAGUGCGUGGACAGUUUUUCAAAAAUUGUAAUUUUUCAUAAAACUUAACGUGAAAAGUGUCGCUUGUCGGAUAAUUUUAGAGAAAAUCUCUCUCUCUAUAUAUAUAUAUAUAUAUAUAUAUAUAAAACUUGUAAUCGUCACUCUCAACGUGAACGAACAGUAAACGUGAAAUUAACAUAAAAUUAACAAGUCCAAUUAAAGAUGGAGUUUCAAAGACGUAAAUAAAAAAAAUCGAUAUACCGGGUCGGCUGUGAAAUAAAAGUAAAAAGUACAUUCGGCUGUUGAGCCGUGUAACGUUUCUUGAGUAAAUUCGAAUUUAUCUCCAAAGAAAUUAGUGUCCCGUAAAAACUUUUUAAAUAAUCCCGCGUCACGCGAACUCAAGCUAUCGCGGAGUUUCGCCGAGUUUAAAAAUACACGCUGUCUCGCGCAGUCGGUCGUCUUGCGUCGAAGGGAAGCGGAACGCAUCGAGAAGAAGAGCGAGAGAGCAGGAGAGGGUAGACGGUCGAAUCUAAAAAAGAAAGAAAAAAAAAAAAGAAAAAAAUAGAAAGGGAAAGAGCAUUGAGAAAAUGCCGUACAUACCGCGUGCAGUGAGUGCCGCCGAUUAUCGUGACAUGUGUCCCUAUUUAUUUAAUUGGGGUGACUGUGUUCUCCAGUGAGUCUCAGCAGGACAAACGAGGACCGACGAGGAGAAGCAAGUAAGGAGGGUGCACCAGAGGGAAGAAUCCUAGGCCGUCGGCAUAGCGAAGAACUGAAAAUUCAUUAGAAAGAAAAACAAGUUAAAGCUUCGUGAAUAAGUGAAGGACACAAACUCAAAUAGAAUUUGACCUCGUGACCCAGAACCAUAUAAAAUCUUGUGAUAGAGGAACAGAGAAGUGUGUGAGAAAAAGAGAGAACCGGAAGUUAAAGCAGGAAGUACAAGAGACUUGGGGCUAAGCAAGAGAAUUUUUUAAGUCACGUGGGAUCUAUAGAGUUUAUGAGAAAAUUUGUACUUUUUGUUUUGGACGUCUUUAAAAGUCAAACCGGAAGUCUUACUAGAAUUCAAUUGAUUCCUGAUAUUAAAUUGACUUGUCCCUGAAUCAUCAUUGGACGGAAACAAUAGCUGCUUCGUACACCAAUUAAAUAGGUGGGCAGAUGAGAUGUGAAGCACGAGGACGCGUCGUGGCGGUGAUUCGUUUGGCGUCGCCGCUUCCGUUCUCCGGACCGGAAAAUCCUGGAUACUCCUGGCGCGGGGCGCCUGCUGACGCGCUGAUGACGGGCGGGCGACGGGGUACUGGGACACCCCGCUAUUAUAACGCUCUCCUGUUGGUCAAUCUCGUUCUGCUUCUGCUGCAAGUGGAAAUCGCAACAGGUGGUAUAUGCUGGUCCUCCAUAAGUAACGGUCGCUGCAAGGAAUUGUUAUCACAGGCCGUAACGCAGCAAGAGUGUUGUGCGUCGAAUGCAGCCGCCGCGACGGCUUACUCCGAGGACGACCUCGAUAGUGGCGCCCUCUUCUUUUGGAGGGUUCUGGGCGGCGGUGUACCCUGUCGACCUUGCAGAGAAAGCUGCGCAGAGGUACGCUGCGAGGAAGGAAAAAAGUGUGUGGUGCGCAAGGGUAGACCCAGGUGCGUCUGCAGUCCGGAGUGUAAGGCCCCUAGAGGCGGUGGGCCAGUUUGCGGUACCGACGGAAGAAGUUACAGGAGUCUCUGCAGACUGAAGAAGCGGGCUUGUAAGAAGGGCAGUCACGAGUUGGCUGUGGCUUAUAACGGCCACUGUCAAAGUUCGUGCGCACGGGUGCGCUGCGGCCAGGGUCGAAGCUGCCUGCUGGACCAGAAUCUGAGUCCGCACUGCGUGAGGUGCGCGAGGAGGUGCCCUCAGGCGUCUCACCAGGUCGCGGGCGUGCGCCCAGUCUGCGGAGCCGACGGAAACACCUACAAGAGCGCCUGUCACCUGCGUCUCGCCGCCUGCCGCGCCGGUCGCGCCAUUCCCGUCGCCUAUAAAGGCCACUGCAAGGAGAGCGCUGACUGCACGACGAUACGUUGUCGCGAGGGUCAAACUUGUUUGACAGAGAUGGGAUCGGGUCAUCCACGAUGUGUGACCUGCACCUAUCGCUGCCCACGGAAGCGAGAACGGAAUCGAGAACACAACCGGGAUCGGGAUCGUGAUCGUGAUCCAUCGACGUCACUUCUCUGCGCCUCCAACAACAUCACAUAUCCGAGCUGGUGCCAUAUCGUUAAGGACGCCUGCGUCACGGGUUUCGUUCUGGAGACACGACACGCCGGUCCUUGCAACGCUUACGACGCGCCAUUUUAUGUCGAGGAAAACAACAAUUCGACGAGUUACGGAGUCGAUCUUGCCGAUCAAGUCACGAAAAUCAAGGAUAUCGGCCUGACUCGCAAGCUUCGAAUUCGUCGUUCACUCACGUAGCGUAUUUUUCUUUAUUAAGCUUUAUUCUCAACGUGGAACCACGAGCGUGGACGACAACGGCACAAUCGGUAGGAAUCGGUGAGCUUCUCAGAAACCCAUCGAAUGCACAGAAUCAUCAUCUGUUGUGCUCAAUUGUAGCAGCAACUUUAUCGACAGUCCCGGCCGGUAAAGCGCCGAGCGUAACUGCUUUACCGACGGGGAAAUGAUUCGGCAUGCGCACCUUAAAUGAAAUAUGAACCGAAACGUAGCCCUUUAGAUAGACGAGCAAUUCGCAAUAAGUUUAGUAUUUAUUUGACUACGAGCACUGAAUCGAGCGCUGACUAUUCGAAAGAUCGAAGAGUAUCGAUCUGGAUCGUUUGUGCUCUCGAGGAAUCUGAUAUCGGUUGUGACUAAUCUAAAAAAGUGUUUAUUAAAAGGAUCACAAAGAUCGUCCAGCCACAGAGAAUAAAUACGAUCGAUCAAUUCUUGAUCGAUCUUUCGACAUUUCUUUGAGCGCCAAUAGUAUAAUCGUCGUACUUAAUUUAUUUUAGUUUUACGAGUGGCCGCGUGCUACGCUACACGCUAUUGCAUUUGCAAACGUUCUCUCAAAUUGUAUAGAUCUACUUUGUUCUUCGAUAUUCAUAUCUUUGACUCCAUCGCACAACAUAUUCACACACUAUAUAUACAUAUUACUCGAGCAACAAGAGUUUCCAUUCUGAAACUCGUCUUGAUUUAACGAUACUCAAGCUUUUUUAGAUGAUGAUGAUAUUAGUAUUGUCGUGGAUAUGAAGAAAAAACCGUUGUUCGUCACGGGAAUGAAUGUCGACGUUAUCCUACGGGCAGUGAUUGCAAUUUUUGAAUUCUGAUAAAACUAUCGUAAUAAUCGGAUGAAAAUGGAAUAUUUUUUUCCUAAAUAAUGCACUUGUAUUAUUUAUGAAUAUUUCUCGAUGCGAAAUACGUGUUCUUUGCAUCCUCAAUAUUUCAUCCGAUUUUUAAAAUUCCGUUUCCGGCUCGCGAAACUCCCGGAAACAAAUUGGAAUUCUUGUAAUUAUUCUUGCUCCUUAGAUCGUCUAAUUUGUUAUACGUUGUUUUAUUAUUUAUGUACAUAUAGGAGUAUCCGCCAUUUAUUAUCGAGACUGUCACUGAUAAAACGAUCAAUUGGUAAAUGACUUGCCUAUAACUUUUGUGAAACCACAACGUUUUUCGUUUACGUGCAAUAUACAUUUGAAGAUGAACUUGA